AUGUCUGCUCAUGUCUCCUUUUCGCAAGGCUCCCGCCUCCCGCCUACAAGCACGGAGGAAGGCCCCCUUGGCACUUUCGACAUCUUGAACCUUCCGUCUCGAGUCAUGACGCCACCUCGUCGGCUCCCACUCGACAAUUCCCCGCGUGAAGCGGCAGAACAGGCCAUCACAAACGUUUUCGGUGACGAGUUUACGGAGAAGGCCGUUGAGGUAGCCUCCCGCCUUGGCCUGAGGGACUCGGUCGCUUGGGUCAACUUGACAUCACGCUCCCCGGCGACAGCCGAUUGCAUGACAUGCAUUGCACUUUUCAAACUAGGAUUUGACUGGUUGUUUAACAACCCCAAAACAGUCUAUAUCUCCGUCUCUCACGAUUCGGACGAGGCCGGAUGGCCCCCUGUCCCCCCUGUUGGUAACGACGAACUUGCGAAUCCGGCGGUUGGCACGCUAGGUUGCUGGCUGGAGAUCAAGGUCCGGGACCGUGGAUGGCGGACCGUAGGCCUGACCAACUACCACGUCAUCCGACCUUGCUUAUCCGGGUAUCACAUUGUCGAGGCUGGUGGAGGGCGCUGUUCGGGCCCGGUGGCAAGGGACACAGAGCUUUGGAAGGCGGAUAAGGAGGGGCUGGGGACUGGUGCGGCCAAGCAGCUCCAGGUACAGGUGGAGAGUCCAACCCGGGCAAAGCUGAACUUCAGUGUCAGCGUGAAUAGAGCUGGUGUGGAGAAGAAACGCAAAGAGAACCCCGAUGCUUUUGCUACGGCCCGCAUAUCCGAAAUGGAAGCUCAAGAAAAAGAGUGGCUUGCAUUUUUCAACGAUGAGAAGCACGUUCUGGGGAGGGUUUGCUUUGCCUCGGGCUACCUGCAACGGACCUCCCAAAAUGGGAGGUUAGAUUGGGCGCUGAUCAACCCAACGAAAGAUAGCCGUGUCGGGCAAAACUUACUCCCAACAUCGGAAGAGUGGCAGGCUACCUGGGGUAUGGGCGAAUACCCUCACCGUACGGGUGUCGCCAUCACGUCACCGCAACCAGGUAGCAUGACGUCUAUUCACGACAUGAAGCACGGUGAUGUUGUUUACAAGGUCGGUGCCUCAACAAAGUGGACGAUCGGCGAAUUUAAUGGCUUCAAGGCCGACUGCGUCAUCAAAGAGGAGCGGUACAUGAACGGACAAGGACGCAAAGUGCCUCUCAAAUCUACCGAGUUUGUGUUCAUACCCAGCUUGGGGGCGUACAAGUUGGGGGUGCACAACUGGGGGGUGCCAUUUGCCCGGUGGGGUGAUUCUGGAUCGGUUGUCUGGGACACAAACGGAUGCGCAGUGGGAUUAUUGUUUAGAGGACAAUCUCCCGCUCAAUCCAUGAAUUGGUUCACGUACGUGACACCGAUCGAGGACGUCUUUGCCAGCAUCAAGGCCAGGUCAGGGGGGAAAAUUGAGGAGAUCCGUUUUCUAGGCGAGUCUUAG